AUGGCCGAUAACAAGAAAUCUAUCAAGAAGUUCACUUUCAGAGGUAAGGGUUUGGAAGAAUUAACCGCCUUAGCUUCCGGCUCCAACAGCGAAAAGUUAAUUUCCGACGAACUCGCCGCUCUCUUCGAUGCUAAGACCAGAAGAAGAGUCAAAAGAGGUAUCUCUGAAAAGUACGCUAAGUUCGUUAACAAGGUCAGAAGAUCCAAAGAAAAGUGCCCUGCUGGUGAAAAGCCCGUCCCCGUUAAGACUCACUACAGAUCCAUGAUUGUCAUUCCUGAAUUAGUCGGUGGUAUCGUCGGUGUUUACAACGGUAAGGAAUUCGUCAACGUUGAAGUCAAGUUCGAUAUGAUCGGUAAAUAUCUUGCUGAAUUCGCUAUGACCUACAAGCCCACCACUCACGGUAAGACUGGUGCUGCCGGUGGUAAGGGUAAGUGA